AUGCCUCCAAUAUACACCGUUGAUCUCUCUCUACCGCCUCAGCAACGCUACGCGCAGGUCGCUAAUGAUUAUAAAGCGGUAGUCAGUGGCCUUGGCUUGCUCUUCGAGGAAGUAAUUGAGCAAACCCACGUCCCCGUAGCCCUAGUAAAGACAGUUGCACGCCUGUUUCUACGGCGCUUAUACAGCAAAGAACAGACAGAAGAGAUCCGCGGCAUCAGCAAAAUCGUUGGAGUUGACAUGUAUUUGCUGGUUGCAUACAAUACACUCCUCGAUUGUUUUAUGGGCUGCACGAGCGGUGGUGUGCAAGUGAAAGACGGUGAUGAGACCAGAAUGCUACAUUUUCGAACUCUGGACUGGGCCAUGGAAGAGCUACGGAAAGUCAUCGUACAGCUUGAAUUCGUUGAGCAUCCAGGCGGGGAGGUAAUGGCGAGGAGCAUUACUUAUGUGGGUUUCGUGGGAAUACUAACUGGUGUCCGCCAAGACCUCAGCGUCUCCCUAAACUUCCGCCCCUACCACAACAACGACAACUCGAAACUCGCCAACCUGAAAUUCUACACCCAUCUAGCUUUCGUGCUCCUCGGAUUCCGCCCCUCCAUCGCUUCCCACUUGCGCGACCUGAUUCUCCCCAAACGCCCCGCAUCGCCCUCUAAACCCCCUUCUAGCAUAAAGACCGAGAAAUCCAAAGCAGAUCAAACCCCCCUCCCCGACCUCGCCACCAUUCUAUCCACUCUCCCCUCUACCCCCACAACAUCCGCCUACCUCAUCCUCUCCGACGGCACCACCACCGCCGUCAUGGAAAAAGACCGCAUCACCGCCACAACCCGCACCUCGACCUCCUUCAUCACCGCCACCAACCACGACGCCGCCUACGAAGGAAAAAGUGGGACGCACGUCGCACACGCCAAGCACAGCGCCGUCGGGAUGCAAGGGCUCGUCGACGAGAGCCUAGACCGCAAGGGCUGCGUAGUCGCGAGUUGGAAGCGUGCGGUGCGCCAGUAUCGACAGGGGCGCGGAAAGCGCAGGGCGCCGGAGGACGAGGUGUGGAUCACGAAGGAGCAGCUGGUGGAUAUGGUGACAGAUUACCCGAUUACUAAUGAGUGUACGCAUUAUGCGGCGAUUCUGGAUCCGCAAAGGGGGGAGGUGGCGUGGGCGCGGUGCUGGGAGACGACAGCGGUGCCGAUGUAUGAGAGUAGUGGGGCUGGCUCGAUGGUUGAUGUUAGUGAUUUGGAGGGGGAUGCAGAGGGUGAGAUCUAA